AUGUCGACCGUAGCCCAAGAUGUAGGCGACACCGCAUGCAGCGAUGAAGAGAAACGUGGAGCGGAUCUCAAAGUCGCUGCUGCUGAUAGCACCGAGGUACAACUGCAGGAUGAUCCUCAGAUUGACCCUCAACUGAGAAGGCUAGAGCUCCUUAAACAACGGUAUGGAAGCACUUGGGAUAGCCCGGAUGAUCCCAACGAUCCGUACAAUUGGCCUUCUACACGCAAGGUCCUAACAGGCAUCAUUUUCUCCAUGUCUCAGCUUAUAACGCUCAUGACCGCCAGCAUCAUCUCGGCAGCGCUGAACGACAUCUCAUCCGACUUGCACAUUGGCAUGUCGUCAGCGCAAAUGAUAUUCUCGACCUAUUUCCUCGGCAUCGCAUUUGGGCCUUUCGUCGUUGCUGCCAUCUCCGAAAUGCACGGCCGGAAAUGGAUCUGGGUAGUUGGGAAUACGUGGUAUAUCCUUUGGAAUGCAAUAAGUCCUGUAGGGAAAUCUGUCAACGUGAUGAUCCUGAGUAGGCUGAUGGCUGGCUUUGGUGCUUGUGCUGGCGUCACUCUUACCGGUCCAAUAAUGGCUGACAUGUAUGGCAAAAGAGAGCGUGGGAAAGCAGCUUCAAUAGCGGCUUUGUUGCCUUCUCUAGGACCGGCCCUCGGCCCUAUAUUGGGUGGAAUAGUCACGCAAUUACUCGAAUGGCCCUGGAUUUUUCAUAUCAUGAGUAUUGUUACGUCUGUUAUCACUCUUGUAGGUAUACUCUACAUAAAAGAGUCCUAUACCCCGGCUCUUCUCCGUCGCAAAGCCAGGGGAAAGCCCGUGACACCCCGAGAAGCUUUGACAAAGUCCUUUUGGUCAGAGUUCUCUAAGCGUUUGGGUUUAGGCAUUUGGAGACCUGUUCGUCUCUUGCUCACGCGGCCAAUCAUCCAACUCAUUGCGUUUGUAAUGGCUCUCAGUUUUGCCAUAUAUACGCUGCUUCUUGGCACGUAUGCAACCAUGUUCAUGGAUCGGUAUGGGCAAACUCCAUCCAUCAGUGCCCUCCAUUACAUUGCCAUUGCUGUUGCGAUGACCUUUGCGGCGCAAGUCGGUGGGCGAGUGAUGGAUGUGGUGUACAGGCGUCUGAGUGACCGACGAAAUAAAGGCCAAGGGAAACCAGAGUUUCGAGUCCCUUACUUAGUAUCCGGCAUCGUCUUGCUUCCUAUUGGCUUGGUCAUGUAUGGCUGGGCAGCAGAACGCAGAGUUGCUUGGCCCGUGGUCGAUAUUGGCGCCGUCAUCUUUUCGUUGGGGACCGUCAUUGUUCCCCAGACGCUCCUUGCAUAUCAGCUGGAUGAGUUUGUCGAACAUGGAGCGUCUGCGAGUGCUGCCACACGGGUUUUGGCCUACGUUCUUGGCUUUGCUUUUCCGACAUUUGCUCCCAAGCUGUAUAGCACAUUCGGCUAUGGUUGGGGCAAUAGCAUGAUGGCGCUGAUUUGGGUUGUCUUUUGCUUUCCAUUGCCCGUCGUUCUUUGGCUGUGGGGAGAGAAAAUUCGGCGAUGGGGUAGAAGAGAGGAAGAGCACCGGGUGGAAGGGGUGUGA